AUGGCAAAGAUCUUCAGUAAAGACGACGUUGCAUCGCAUGCUAAGGGCGACAGCCCUUGGAUCAUCAUCGAUGAGGAUGUCUACGAUGUAUCGAAGUUCCAAGACGAGCACCCUGGUGGAAAGAAGAUCCUCCAACGAGUCGCCGGAAAAGACGCCUCAAAGCAGUUUUGGAAAUACCACAACGAGGGAAUUUUGAAGAAGUACAAGGCUCAGCUACAGGUCGGAUCAUUGGACACGAAGAAGGUUGAGGCAUCAGCACCAACACCAGAACCCACACCGGCACCCGCGAAGGCCGAAUCAACACCCGCAGCCCCCUCGGAAUUCACACCGGCUGCCACCGCCUCGCCACAAGAUCCCUACGGAGAAUUGAUUCCGUUCGCCGAUCCCUCCUGGUACCAGGGCUACGCCUCCCCCUACUUUAAUGAAUCGCAUGCCGCGCUCCGCGAGGAAGUCCGCACAUGGGUCGAAGCCGAACUUGAGCCCUACGUGACAGAAUGGGACGAGGCGCGCGAAGUCCCCGCCCACAUCUACAAGCAGAUGGGAGAGCGCGGAUACUUGGCCGGUCUACUGGGCGUGCACUACCCAGUAAGCCACACCGAUAACCGAGUGAAGGCCGUCCCACCCGAGCGAUGGGAUCUCUUCCACGAGAUGCUAUUGAUGGAUGAGAUCUCUCGCGCCGGAAGCGGUGGACUGGUUUGGAACCUGGUUGGCGGGUACGGUAUUGGAUGCCCGCCGCUUGUGAAAUUCGGCAAGAAGCCUCUUGUCGACCGAAUCCUGCCCGGCAUCCUGGCUGGCGAUAAGAGGAUCUGCCUUGCUAUCACGGAGCCGGAUGCCGGCAGUGAUGUUGCGAAUCUAGGAUGCGAGGCUAAGCUCACCGAAGACGGAAAGCAUUACAUCGUCAAUGGAGAGAAGAAGUGGAUCACCAAUGGAAUCUACGCAGACUACUUCACGACCGCCGUGCGCACAGGCGAGGAUGGCAUGAACGGGCUCAGCGUGUUGCUCAUCGAGCGCGAAGCCGGCGGCGUCAGCACCCGCAAAAUGGACUGCCAGGGCGUGUGGUCGUCCGGCACGACGUACGUCACCUUCGAAGACGUGAAGGUUCCUGUCGAAAACUUGAUCGGCAAACACAACCAGGGCUUCAAGGUAAUCAUGACGAACUUCAACCACGAGCGCAUCGGCAUCGUCAUCCAGUGUGCGCGAUUCUCGCGCGUUUGCUACGAAGAAUCUAUGAAAUAUGCACACAAGCGCAAAACAUUCGGCAAGCGGCUCGUUGACCACCCGGUCAUCCGGAUGAAGCUUGCGAAUAUGGCGCGGCAAAUCGAGGCGACAUACAACUGGCUCGAGAAUAUGAUUUUCCAGUGCCAGUGUAUGGAGGAGACAGAGGCUAUGCUUAAGCUUGGCGGAGCCAUUGCUGGACUGAAGGCUCAGUCCACACAGUGCUUUGAGUAUUGUGCCAGAGAGGCGAGUCAGAUCUUUGGUGGAUUGAGUUAUAGUCGUGGUGGACAGGGUGCUAAGAUUGAGAGACUUUAUCGUGAUGUGCGCGCUUAUGCUAUUCCCGGUGGCAGUGAGGAGAUUAUGCUGGAUCUGAGUAUUCGGCAGAGCUUGAGGGUUCAUGGCAUGUUUGGUAUGAAGCUUUAG